AGCAACCUUGAGCAGUGAGCACAAAAAAAUCUGUCCGUGAUUCGUUCGAUUGGAUUUUUAUUAAUCAUUCGCUUAUUGCGCGUUGCCGAUUUUGUUGCAGAAUUGACUAACACGUCAAACGAAACCCUACUGUUCUCGAAUAAAUACGAAGAAGUAAACAAGAUAAGCGGAUCCCGUGCAAUUUACCAUUAAAAACGUAAAAAUGCAGCUGCAGGCCAAAUAUUUGCUAAUAUGUCUGUUCGUCGGACUGUUUGCCUCGCACCGUUGUCAAGCGGUGGCGGGUGGCGGAGAAGAAGGAAAUGGAGUCACGACUACGACUACUGAGGCAGCCACCACUGUAACCGUGCCACCGGCACCCGAUGACAAGAAUACAACAAGCACCGAGAAGCCGAUAACAACAACAACAACCGUGCCGCCAACAACUGCUCCAAAUACAACAACAACGGUAUCACCAAUAACAACAACCACGGAGGCAACAACAACUUCAUCGACGCCAAAACCAACACCGUCGCCCAUCACAACAACAACAACAACUCCAGCUCCAAUCACAACGCCGUCACCAAAUACAACCACAACCGUGGCGCCAUCCACAAGCACAACUCCGCAGCCGUCCACAACGACCACGGCCAAGCCGACGCCGGUGCCUUGCGGACAUUUCGAUGGUUCGUCGUUUAUAGGCGGCAUUGUGCUCACCUUGGGUCUGCUGGCCAUCGGACUGGUGGCCUACAAGUUCUACAAGGCACGCAAUGAGCGCAAUUACCACACUCUUUGAGCCGCCAAUGCUUUUACGUCGGCCUUUAAUGCAGCAGCCGGUGCAACAGCCGUGAACAAUCCCGCCACGGAUGCCGAACGUGUGCGCUUUGUUCAGCCAUUAAUUCCGUUGCGUUCGCCGCCAGCGCAACCGCCACCACCACCACCAGCAGCAGCAUCAGCAGCACCAGCAUCCUCCUCAACUGAUCCUCAAUAUCAACAACAGCUAUUGGCCGGCGAGACAACACAACAUUCAGCUAUACAAAAUAAUUCACCAUCGGCCAGAGAUCGGCUGCUGCACACGUAAUUUAACACUCGGGGUACAAUUGUAAUACAAGAAACUAUCCAAAGAGCCCCGCGAUAAACGUAAUCUUCAAAUCUAUGCCCCAGCUCCUCUCAUUCAAGCACACUCGCACUCCAUUGUGUCAGACAAAACAUUCUUCCCUUAUCAGCUAUAUAUGCAUAUACUUCUAUAUAUAUAUAUAAUAUGUACAUUUCGUAUGGCUUUUAUGAAAAACAUGAAUCACGAUUUGUGCUGCAGUCUUUAAUCAGCGAACUUUAAGCGGAUGUUCGACGCCUUAUUAAAUCUGAAUGCCCUUCAGCUUGAAACUUGGCGGAGGGAAAAGAAAAUUAUAUGAAAUCAAUAUGAUAUAUAAAUGUAUAUGUAUUUAUAUUGGAAAUAGUUUAUGUACUACAAUAACAGCAAAUUAUGUGAGACUGUCGAAGAAAUGUCGCGCGAUACGGAAGUGUUUUGUGGCGGAGCGCAACUAAAAUCUAAUCGGAAAUAUAGAUUUUGAUUGUAUUUACAAACAGAAA